CAGUAGUCAACGCACUAGCCAUCGGUGAGAGAAACCGAUGAAUUGAGGCCCAAGAGCCGAGAAUACCGCCCAACCAGUGUGGUGGUGGCCGAAAAUGUGGGGAUCCCGUCUAGGCGGGUCGUGGAACAGUGAAUGAGGCCAAUAAUUUGUGACGCCUGAUGAUGGCCCUCCUAAUCCUACCCUGCCCUGCGCCUAUUUCCACUGAAACUCCACAGACAGCCACACCAGCCACACCACCCUUGCGCAGCGAACAUCACCACCGUCAAAGCACACUGUGUACUGCAACUGACGCCACGCAUUGCGACACAUCAAAUCUCUCAAACCUUGAUAUUUUCCACCUGUUCAAUGGCUUUCAAGCCUCGCAAACCGCAUCGUUGAGCCUCAGCCACAGGGCGACAUGGAGUGGGGCCGUUUUAAUGGAGCCCGGCGCGGAGGUGGGGCCCAGGCCGAGUGGGGCCGGCAAAAGCCACACGGCAAACACGGUGAAACCAGAGCUGCGUUCGGCUUUUGAGCGAAUUGGCCAGUUCAGUGGUUUGCAUGUACAGUGAUGUUAAUGCAUUGGCAUUUCGAGUGCCUUGGUACAAGGGGACGGUGGUGGUGUUCAAAGUUGUGCAAUGGUCGGUGGUUGUCGCUGCGGGCAGCCUAGUACUAAAAGGGCGUA